AUGCCGUUCGAGUUCACGGGCGCGCCGCCCGUCUGGGGCUCGAUAGGUCCAUCCGAGCCAUUUGCGCCUUCCAAAGGAGAGCCUGGCGCGACCUCGUCAUCAAACACAUAUGGCGCUCAAGCAUCCUCCCACUCGAGCACGGCCGAUGUUGAUGAAGUUGCGUGGUCGCAGACGACCUUGCCCUUCGCCAGAAACGCUGGACCUGCAUCAUGGCCUACUUCUUCUUCCAGCCCAUUUGGCUCUUCUGCUUUCGCCGCAAUUCCAUUUGCCGGAGAGACCAAGCAAACUCGACUCGCGUUUGGUAGAAUGACAACACCAAAAUUUGGCUCUCCAGGACUCGGCACUCCAACGACCUUUUCGAACUUUGGAUCGCAGACGAGCAGUACCAAUGUAGCUUCCAAGCAAGCCCCAUCAUCGACUUUUGGUACGGCAGAGGGAUGCAGAUUGAAGACAAGUGUGGCAGGCUGCCCUUUAUACGACCGCCUUGCCAAGGCAUUGAUACGACUUGGCAAGAAGAAACCGGCCCUGUUCAGUAGUAUCGAUAUUUCUGAAGACAAAGUCCUAGGAGCGAUGUCCGUAUUGCCAGAGGACACUGCGUCUUUGCUUGAGCAGCUGCAAAAGGCUGAGAAUGUCGCACCCCACAUCGCUGCGUUUACAAAGGCUUCCUUCGGCCGUCUUGUCAAUGCAGAGAUGCAGAAGGACGAAGGGAAUGAGGACGCUGGACUCGCAGGAUCAGCUGGGCAACACGCAGCGAAACUCGAAGACGACGCGAACAGCGAAAUCGAUAUUUUUGUUACGCGAGACUACCGCGAUGAUCUUUGCAAAGGACCCCUUGGAUACCGCUGUGAGGCUCCAGGCUGCUGGGGGAACCCAUCUACUGAAUACCACGACGACAUUCCCGCUUGGCGCGUCCACUUUUGGGCUUUCCACAAGGACCUGUGGCGGCAGAUCCAGCGCGAAGGCGCCCCGGAGAGUCGAGAAAGUGAAAGUGACUCUGACGAGGUCGAAGAGGAAUACGAAAGACCUUUACGCCUACGUACACCGCGUGACCACCCGCUUGUACAGAAGGCGGUAGAGACGCUGAUUGCUGGAGCGCGGCUGGAAGACCUGGUCAACAACCGAGAGGGCGUAAGGGUUCUCGCAAACUAUACCAUCGAUCUUUUCUACCGGGGUGCCGUGAACUCUACCAUCACUGAUGAGCUUGAGUCUUCUCUGGGUGGCAGGAGGCGUGACGGGCUGACUCGUCUCGUGCAUGAAGCGCGCGAGGCUCUCGAGGAUGUUGAAAAGGAGCAUCGGCUGUUACCACCCUCAUCCUCUCCACAACCAGACUCAGCAAGCCAGGCAAAAGUCAGAGAGGCUAUCAUGAGCUCGAUGCAAAAAGAGAUGGGUAACUUGGCGGCCGCCAGUCACGGGGAAUCAUCUGUGCUCAAACCAAAUGAGAUGACUUUUAGAUUCCUCGAUCUGCCCGCCGAGAUGCGCAAUCUGGUCUACCGAGAGCUUCUUGCGCCAGCACCGGGCUACAUUGGCCUCACCCACCGCGGUCGCUCAUUUCUAGGGAGUGCAAAGAGUGUGCGACAAUCUCACUGUCGGCCGCUACUACUGGCGACCUGUAAGCAAAUCCACAAGGAAGCAGCUGGCAUCAUGUACCAGGAGAACACUGUUAUGAUAUGCGCCAAGGCCUGCAUGACGAAUCAUCCCAUGAUCAGGAAGGAAUUACUACCGGAUCCCGUCCUCUCAAAGCUGACAUCACUGGUCCUUGUGCUUGAGAACAGGGUGUAUCACCAAAUGCGUCGGCGAGAUAUGGACGGAGUACACUGGAAACAGAUCCAGGAUAUGACAGCGCUGAAGAAGAUCCGGAUCUGCAUUGUCGAGCCUAAGGGCACGCCAGAUGUGGAGAAGGUGUGGAUGCUGGAGCACAUCAUGGAGCGUAUUCCGGCUGACUGCAGUGUCUCAUUCGAAGCACGGAGAGGAUUCGAAGAUGAUUUCGUGCAGGAGGUGCUCGAUAAGUGGGAGCAGAAGCCAAUGCUCCGGCAGUCAGAUGCGACGGAGGUGGACGAAGCGGUGCUCAAGCGCUUGGCUUCUCAGGUCAAGGGACAGAAGGGUUGCAAGUCUGGGGAUCCGCAUGACUAUCGCUUCCCGAAGAGAGGCAUUCCACAGCUCGGUCAGCUGGGCGGAGAUGUGGGUGAGGUCGAUCCAGGUAUUGUCCUUGGUGGUCUGCAGACGUGA